AUGUCCCAAGGCCUCUGGGGAAAUGUGGAUGGCAGCAUUACGCAGCCAGCUGUCGUCGUCUCCGGUACCACCAGGGACUCUACCGCUGCUGAUGCCUGGAAGGAAAAAGAUGUCAGGGCUAUGGGUACGAUCCGUCUACGCUGCUCUCCCGCCGUCGCCUCCUACAUAAAGGACAAGAAAUCGGCCAAGGAAACUUGGGACCAAUUGUCUUCCCUCUAUUCGUCUAUGUCCCUCGGCGCCAUUUACAAUGAGCUGCGGGGGGCCUUAUCGACGAAGAUUCCGGCCGAUCAGCACCCUGCUCCAGCCUUCGCGAAGAUAUCCAAACAUUUCGACACUCAGAAGCGGCCAAGCCGCUAUGAGAACAUUGCGCAGAUGCUGGUCCAAGCUACCUCUGCUGACAACAUGGGCAUAGGUGCGGUACGGGAAGCAGUUACCACUGCUUGGGACCAGUCUCAAGGCAAGAAGCCUGAGAAACUCGGUGCGCACAAGAUCUCGGCGGUGAAGCGUAAGCCAGGUGAUCCCUCCUUUUCUUCGCAGCAGCAGCAGCGCCCUCAGGCCAGCAGCAGCAAUGCGCGAGAUGGGAAGAAGCACCCUUAUCGCGGCAAGCGUGCAGGCAAGAAGCGUCAAGGGCAACACCACGAUCAUCACCAUGCCCAUGACGUCCUGAUCGCCUCGACCGUCUCCCUUCCUCCUCCCACCAUCGCUCACGUCCUCGACAUUGCGCCCACUGGCAGCAAGACUCGGACGGUCAAAGAGCAAGGUCCGUUCCAUCCGCCUCCUUCGGCAGAUACCAGUCACUACAACAACAAGCAUAUCAAGAAAGCCUUCAAGCUUGCACGGGACCUUGACAUAAGUCCCACUGAAGAAGAUAUCAAGGUCUUGGACGCUCUAGUCGGGCAGGUCGAUCCGGACCUGGAUAUCGACAUGGAGGAUGCCGAUUCCGUCGCCUCCAGCCGCGCGUCCAAGCGUGCUCGCUUUGAAGGAGUCGCUCGCGCGGAUGACACUGCGGACAGCGACAACGAUGACAACCAGUCUAUCGACUGGGGUAGUGACAAGGACCAGGGGGAGACUGUUAGUCUCGGCGAUGAGGAAGACCUGGACUGCACUAUUGCGGAGGCUGUUGGCUUUGACCAGAAUGCCUUUAUUGACGAGCACUACUCGGCAGCGUAG